AUGCGUCCCGCUUCCCUUGCUGUCGCGCGCAGAAUCUCGCGGGGCCUGACGGGCCCUGCGCGGCGACACUUUGUCGCAUCGCCUAGGUCCAUGCUGGCCGAAGACGAUGCUAUGACCCGUCUCACCAGCAAUGCGGUUCUGUUCGACGCGAUCAAAAAUGGUCGCUUGGUGGAGCGGGAUGGCAAGCCGGUGACAAUUUCUCACACGAAACGCGCUGCUGCUGAGGGGCGCCCCGCACGCUCUGUGCAAAUCGAGGUGACCAAACCCGCCGAGGCCUAUCUGCAGGCCGACAGGUUGGUCCUGUACAGCACAGAGCAUGGUCGUGUGGUGCUUCCAUUCCAUUACCUGCGCGAUCUGUGCAAGUGCCCCAAAUGUGUGGAUCCACACUCGAAACAACGGUCCUUCCGCACCAACGACAUCCCCCGAGACGUAUAUCCGCGCGUGGUGCGGUGGGACGGCACACAUGUGGAACUGGAAUGGGCCAACGACAUUGCCGGCUAUGCAAAGGAUCACACUUCUCGCUGGCACAUUGAGUAUCUCAAGAAUCCGGUCCUGGAUCCCCACGAGCAAAAAUCCCCCAACAUGCGGCCUCUUCGAUGGACCAACAACUUGAUGAAGCGACUGCAACACUGGGUGUCAUACGAGGAUUACAUGAACAAUGAGGAGAAGUUCGCGGCAGCCAUGCGUAAUCUCUCCCGCCUGGGCUUGAUCUUUGUCAAAGACAUCCCGGAUUCGCGAGAGAUGGUCGCCAAGAUCGCAACCCGGAUGGGUCCUUUGCGCAACACCUUUUACGGCGAGACGUGGGACGUCAAGACCGUGCCGCAGGCCAAGAACGUCGCUUACACGAACCAGUUCCUGGGCUUCCACAUGGAUCUCAUGUACAUGAACGAACCCCCCGGGUACCAACUGCUCCAUUGUCUUGAGAACUCGUGCGAUGGAGGUGAAUCUCUCUUUGCGGAUUCGUUCCGAGCCGCCAAGAUCAUGGAAGCUGAGUUCCCGGCUGAAUUCAAGUCUCUGUGUCGCCGACACCUCGGCUACGAGUACAACCAUGAGGAACACAAGUACCAUAACACCCGUCCCGUGUUCCAGCUUGACCCCAAGACCAAAGAGUUGCGCUAUAUCAACUACUCGCCCCCCUUCCAGUCAGCUCUUCCCGAAUACGAAGGCAAGAAGGGACCGGGCAACAGCGGGUUUGGUGAUCUCAAGCGGGCCUUGACUCACUUCACCAAGCUCAUUGAGAGCUCGCAUGCGGUUUUCCAGCUCAAGCUGAACCCGGGCGAGUGUGUCAUCUUCAACAACCGACGUGUGGUUCACGCCCGUAAUCAGUUCAAUACCAGUACUGGCUCCCGAUGGCUGGCUGGCGCGUAUGUGGACGAGGAUGCGUUGUUGUCGCGUUAUGCAGUGUGCGGCGCAAAAAAGCCUCUCGCAUGGAGAGCGGCCGAUCCAUUCAACGGGCUGCGUGAAGUCCGGAAAGAAAUUGCUGGGACUACAGCGAACGAGGCCAAAGCUGCACUUGCCGAGGCUCGUCGGCAAGAAAAGCAAAGCACCGUUGCAGAGUCUUGA